ACUGUUUAUUUCCACUCGCUUGUACGAAGUGGAUCACGAAGAGUGCACAGCAACGCCCACAAUUAACGCAAAGAAACUGAUAUAUUGGGAUCACGUUUUAGUUCUUACAUAGACAUUACACUUUUUUUUUUGCUAUGUACUCUUACGUCCCUUUAUUAGACCUUCGCAUCCUGAAGUGACAAACUCCUCUCUUACAUCGUCUUCAGUGAGGUCGACGACGUGAGCGCCACACAGCCACAAGUUCAUUCCACUCGCGGAGUCGUGAUGGUCGCAGCUUUCUGAACUUCUGGGGCUACAGAUGAUUUUGCAGAAGAGCCAAAAUCGAAAACCAACAAAGAGAAGAACUUAAGUGCAGGAUCGUUGUCACCACACAGAAGUUCACUUCACGGUUUCUCAAGUCACAUGGUGAACAAGUGAUUACUGGAUUGAGCUGGUCACUAGAGACCGUCUGUAAAACAGCUUUGAACAACAAUCGUCGCUGAACUUUAGCUAUGUCGGUGUCAGACUACCCUUUAAUCUCCUCCCCAGUCUCCACAAAUAUCUUUGACCAAACAUAUCAAUACGACACGGACUUAGAAAACGAGUACGAGUCUUUCAGAAGAGCAGUAUUCAACAGUUUGCAAAUAAUACUUUCCUUGCAAGCAGUCCUCAUCGUCGCAACAAACCUUUUCCUGCUCGUUGUCAUCCUCUCCAAGUCGGCACUACGGAGUCGCCUUCGCAACCAACUGCUGAUCAGCAUGGCGGCCUCAAAUCUCACAGACGGCAUCUUCAACAUUCCUUUACUUGUUGAUUUAUUCACAAAACAAGAUUGGAUUCAUGAAUGUUACCUUCUUGUGGCCCACUCUGUGUUUUCGCGUUACACGAAUAACUGCAUCAUUGUCUUGGGGUUGGUUUUGCUGGUCGUCUCCUACCUUUGCCGCCUAAAAUCGUACGGUGGUCCAGCAUUGUUUCUGCGCAUGUCUUCGCGCACAAAGAAAUACGUGGCCUCUCUGCUGUUCGUGCUUUUACCGUGGAUAAUAGCGAUUCCUCUGACUUUUUCCAUCGCUUUGAGUGGGAUACCUCAAAGACUAAUGGAUAAUUAUUGGUACAAUUCAUUCUGUAUUUUUUUCAUGGAACGUUGGGCCGAAUUCACGUUGAGUAUUUUUAUCGUAUUCAUUCCUAUCGUGCUCAUGAUCGUCUUGGUUAUACUUACACUCAUCGUGUACAGAAGACAGACAGUGAUUCGCGGUCCUACAGACCAGAAUACAACGCUCGAAGGUCCCUCUGUGCAUGUGGCUGCUGCAAUAAUCUGUAUCAUUGUGUCUGUGGCCAAAGGUCUUGACACUUUCAUAAUAAAUCUUAUCCCGUCACACGAGAUAGAGAUUGUCACAUCGGCCACCCUCUUAUGUAUAAUCAGCAUGAUGCCAUUUGUCCUGGCUUUUCUAUGGCUGCUGGCCCUGAAGGACUUGCGAGCACAUUCAUGCGAGAUCUUAGCCCGAAUUUCCGUCAAGUUUUGCAAAAAGAGUACUUCUGACUCAUCAGCAUUGGUGACUUUUAACGCACUUAGCCAAGAAGUCUGACGAUUUGAUUUUAAUUGGUCUGACACGUGCUACAAGUUUUUUUGAUAAAGUAUGAUUUAUGUUUUAAGUACUUUUGAUUUUUGAGCCAUUCACAUGUGUACAAGGUAUUCCAGAUGUGCUGAAAGUCCUGAAAUUGACAAGAUAUGUGGGUGGAACCAUGUAUGUGAAAAUGCUGAGGUUAGAAUUUUGCGUUCACUUUUCCCAGUAGACGUUUCUGUGCAUGUUAUUGUUUAGUAAUUGUAAACUUCUUAGCAGUCAAAAGAAUGUUGUUAAAUUUCUUAUUGACUGAAGUCCUCGCAUUUUAUUUAAAGCUGUCAAAAUCACGUUCUAACUGUUGUCCAUAGUUGGUCCCCCACUACUUAAAUUCUUAAAAACUAUUCAGAGAACUCACUGAUUGUAAGAUGGAUGCCACAUUUUUUUAAAAAUCUUUCAGUUAGCACUCUGAACAAAAUUUGAAAUAGUUAAACCUUUAAUCAAAGUUUAAACAAUUACCCUGUCAUCACAUUGUACCAUAUUUGACAUUAUUUAUUUUGGAGUCCAUCGUUUGACCUGUUGUGAUCGUAAUGAUUUUGCUGGACUAUUUUUUGUGGUUCUGAUAUUUUUAUUGACUUGUACAACUUAAGCUGAUGCGUUGACCAACAUUCCCUUCUUUUUGACGCCAGAUUCCUCUUAGUCCAGUUUCAUGUUUGUGCAUGUCGACAGCGAGAUGAACCUUGUGUAAUGUGGCAAAACUGCUUGAUGACUAGACGCAGCAAAACCUGUUUACAGUUUUUCUGACCCGCAGAAAGGUUUAUUCUAAGCGUUCUUGUACAUCACAAUACUGAUAAUCGCGUGCAUCACUUUAUUGCUAAUCCUGUACAUCGCUAUACUGAUAAUCAUUACAUCGCGAUACUUAAUCCUGUACACCAUACUGAAAAUUUAGCACAUCACAGUUUCUUAUAAUUCCGUACAUAACAAUACCGACAAUCCCGUGCAUCACGGUAAUUGGAUAUUAAUUAAUAUACUGAUGACUGGAGACAGCUUGCUAUUGCUUUGGCACUUUUUCUCGUGUGUGUGUUUAUAAUUUUUUUAAAGUACUUUUUUACAAAUGUGUGAGUAACUUUUCACCAACUGUUUGUUAAUUUAUUUUCUUUAUAGAGUGCCAUGAUAAAUGCUUCUAUAUAAAUUUUUUACUUUUGUUUUCUAUAACACCAUCUAUCGUGUCUUGUCUGUAUUGCAAACAUUGUUGUAAAAAGUGCUUUCUGACUAUACGUUUCCAGUUUUACCAAUUUUGUACUACUUGUACUGUGUUAUGUGUAUGAUGAUGUUUGCUAUAAAGUAGAAGAGAGUUGUGGGAAGUAUAUGAUUUUCUUGAAUUGUCGUUUGACACAAAAAUAUAAAUCCCACACUGCAUGCAUUCUUCUACAUUUUACAUUUGAACAUUAUCCCAUAAGGCGAAAGUGAAAUAUGGGUGAUGUCAACAACUUCAGUGACCCGAGUAGCAGCCAAAGUGCCAACUUCAGUUAAUUGAUAAAGAUUAAUUUUGAUCUGUACAAGUUCGGAGGAAACAAAGUAACAUUAUUUAUGCAUUUACUUUGAACAGUAUUACAAGUAUUUAUCUUGAAAAACAAUCAUGGCAAACCGCAAACGUCCGGCACUUAGGCCGUGUAAGUCCCGCGAAUCAUUUGGUCUGGCCAAGUCAAGACAACCGCAAGCAGGACUCGAAAUUCGAUAAAUCUUUUUUUCAAAACAACUUCAAUAUAUAUUAAAUGAAUCAUAUUAAUAACGUAAAUUUCGAGGGACAAGUAAGAAACUCCAUUAUGGGAGAGACAGGACACAUAGAUUACAUGACCCAGACAAAUCACGUGGUCCCUCUUCCUUCACUGCGGUAAAUCACAAGAUAGUCAUUUCCAGGUAGGCUAGAAAUGUAAAUGUUGCAAAUGUGUUAACACACUCUGGUAAAACUAUGGCUUGAACAAAAAUGCAGGUUAAUUUUAAAGUUGAUAAUUUUGUGUGACCCGCGAAUGAUUU